AUGGCAACCACAACAGAGUAUACUUUGGAAGACGUUGCAGCACACAAGACCAAGAAGGACUUGUGGAUUAUCGUUCAUGGCAAAGUCUACAAUGUCACGGAAUACGUGCGUGACCACCCUGGCGGAGCAGACGUCCUGGUUGACGUUGCCGGCUCCGAUGCGACAGAGGCAUACGAGGAUGUCGGACAUUCUGGAGACGCAAAUGAAAUUCUGCAUACAUACUUGAUCGGCACGCUCAAGGGCGCUCGCGAGUUCACCCGUCCGAGAGGCGUCACUGUCAUUCAGCAAAUACCCAAGGAAACAAAGACAACAAAGUCUUCAACAUCUUCUGUUGUCCUUACCAGCGGCUCACUUGGAGGGGCCGCUCUUUUGCUUUACCUUGUUCUACAGGGCCACAUCAACCUCAGCGAUACGACUGCGAAGCUCUCCAAGCUCUUGCCAAAGUGGCUACCUGCGGCUUCUUUGCCACGCGGUGGCCUCCCCUGGGGAGGUUUCUCCAAUGGUUUCCUCACAGCUUUUGUCCUCUUCUCAGCCGGUGGUGGCGUGUUAGGGAGCAAACUCUCUGCUCUUACUCGGAUUGAGUCUGGCUUCACCCGAUUCCCUCCCCAUUUGCCGAGCCACAGAAUCCCAAGACUGGAUCCGCAUCUCAAAAAAGGCUUCCUCGAGCCCAAAGACUUCAAAGAGCUUCCGCUCAUACAGAAAGAAACUUUGUCGCCGAGCGUUUAUCGUUUUGUGUUUCAACUGCCGGCUCCCGAAACCGUCAUUGGGCUUCCUAUCGGACAGCAUGUGGCCAUCAAAGCUACCGUGAAGGGACAAUCUGUCUCCAGGUCGUAUACUCCAACCUCAAACAAUCUGGACCUGGGUAGAUUGGAGUUGGUUAUCAAAUGCUACCCGGAUGGGCUACUGACCGGCCAGUACCUUGCAAAUCUCAAAGUGGGAGACAAAGUUCUCUUCCGAGGGCCCAAAGGUGCGAUGAAAUAUCGGAACGGUCUUUGCAAGAAGAUUGGAAUGAUAGCUGGCGGAACUGGUAUAACUCCAAUGUAUCAGCUCAUUCGAGCAAUCUGUGAAGAUGACACCGACACAACCGAAAUUAGCUUGGUCUAUGCCAACCGAUCUGAAGAGGAUAUCCUCCUUCGAGAAGAGCUGGAGAGAUUUAGUCAAAACUAUCCCAAAAAUCUCAAGAUUUGGUAUAUGUUGGAUACUCCUCCGCAGAAGUGGAAAUACGGAAAAGGCUAUGUGACCUCGGCAGUCAUGGCCGACAAGCUGCCCGGUCCAUCUCCUGAUACCAAAAUUAUGCUCUGUGGGCCACCGGGAAUGGUGAACGCCUCAAAGAAGGCCUUGGAAUCUCUUGGAUUCCAAGCUGCAGGUUCUGUCACCAAGAUGACCGAUCAAACUUUCUGUUUCUAA